AGGUGGAUGGGUCUUUCAACCUUUUUAAUAAAGUCCCCUCCAUGGAGAUGGAGUAUGCAAUGUCCACCAUCAGGAAACAUGAAUGACAUCACCAGGGAGAACGGAGGAAACUGGAGGAACAAGAAUGAAGAUAAUAAUCCCCCCCACCUGAGCUUCCCCGCCCAUCUCCCCACCUUUACCUGAUUUCAUCAUCAGCCUCUACAGUACUUAUACCAGCCUCUUUCUGCUAUCUGUCACCAGUUUCUUGGAACCUGGUCACCUGUCACCUGCCUACCUGCCAGCCUGCCCCUCUGCCUGAUCCCUGGACUUCUGAACCUUGUGACUCUGAAGCUGAGUGUUACUAACGAUGGCUACACCAGUGACCUUUGAACAAACCAACCUGAAAUGGGAGACCUUUGACGGCUCUAUCCCCGACGGAGCCGUUUCAAUCUACAAUGGAUACCAAAAACGCACCGACUACGUUGCCAAAUAUGGGAUCGCGGCCGGAUUCUACAACCCUAACAUGGGUUCUCACUGCCACUACGCCUAUGGAGACAAAGAGCAUUUUGGCUCCCCAUUUGAGAUCCUGGUGAACAAAGAUGACUUUGAGUCUUUGAAGUGGAAGAAUGGCUCCUACGGUUCAGUGCCUGCAAAUUCAGUCUACACCUCCCCCGAUAAAAUGUAUGUUGGGAAGAACGAGUAUAGUCUUGGGAAGGUGGAUGUUAAAAAUGAGGCCUUCUUCUAUGCCUCUGGAGGUAAUGAGUAUUGGUACAAGAACUACCAGGUUCUGACCUUUAACUCAGAUGUAAUCAGCGAGCACAUUUCUGAUGUCAAGUAUGAAACUGAUGAUCUUAAAAUCAUUCAGUAUCCUCCAGAGAUCUUGACCAAGUCUGCCAUCACCAACAAUAGCAACCAUCCAGUGAAACAGACAGCCACCCUCUCAAAGUCAAUCCAAGUGGAACAAAGGUGGGACACCAGCUUUUCAAUAACAGCAGGCGUCACGACUGGCAUCACUGCCGGAAUCCCAAAUAUUGGCGAAGCAAGUGUCGAGGUUAGCGUGGAGACAACCCUCCAGUUCUCGAAGGGGACCAGUCAUACCGAGUCAAACACCUACUCUGUUGCUGUUGAGUGCACAGUCCCACCAAAAAAUUACUGCAAUGUCAAUAUGGUGGCGCAUAAGUACGGGGCAGACAUCCCUUACACUGCACGCCUCAAACGCACCUACAGGAACGGGGAGACCAAGUGGACGUCCAUCACCGGGACCUACAAAGGCGUCACCGUGGGAGAAGUCCGGGCUGUGGUGGAUCCCUAUGAACCUCUGUAGGCCCUGUCCCUGAAAGAAUAAUGGAAGAGGCUCCAUGAGUUACAGUAUCUGACAUAUUGAAUGUUGGAUACCCGUAAUGAAAACCUAAAAAAAAAUAAGUUUUAUUUUUGCUUUAAUUUAGCAUUUAUCGAUUUCUUCAGUUUUUCAACAAAUUGUUUACCAGGCACCAAAUGUAUUUUUGAGGUAUCACCUAUAAUGUCAGAGAUACACACCCCCAAAACCUACCCUAAUUCAGAGUUUAACCAAUUAAUUAAUUAAUUGACUUUAAUUGACUAACCAAUUGAAAAUUACAGAAAUACUUGGAAACAUUGUUGUGAAACUGGUGAAUCGGUAUGAUUUCUUUUCUUCUAUUGAGCUUAGAGUGAUUUAGUCUCAGAUAAGAUUUUAUUCCACAUAUAUAAUCCCAUAUGUCUUUGUGCUCAUUUAAUAGUGAUAACAAGUAGUUGAUUUUCUUUCAUUCUUCAAUAUGUAAUCCUGUGUGCUUUUAUAUUCACUGGUUAGUAAAAAUAUGUAAGAAAGGCUUUUUUCUUAGAGGUGUUACGUGUCUAAUAGUUUGUUGAUGUUUAGGUUGUUAACCAUACAUGGAUCUGGAGUAAAAAAGUAUAAAUAAGGGGAGACAACAGAUUAUAGGAGGCUUUUUUGACUCUGAGGAUAUUUUUGACUUUUUCUUUUGGGCAUUUUGAAGCUUUUGGGGAUCUUUUGAGAUUUUACUGGGUGUUUUGGUUCCUUUUCGUAUCAUUCAAUUCAUGUAACCAGUAAUCUUCAUAUUAUCUUUAAAAACCAAUAAAACUGGAUUGUAUUCUGUACAUUCCAACCAAA